GGGGAUAAAAACACAGACGGAAGAAGAAGAAGAAGAAGAAGCGUCGCCACUGAUCCUGCUGCAGUUUGUCUGUGGAUCCACAGACCGUCAGUCCGUCAGUCCGUCUGCAGACACCCGGCUCCUGCACCCCCCCUCUCUGGCUGUUGUAUAGAUAUAUAAAUAUAGAUAUAUAAAUAUAGUUCUAUAUCUCUUUUGACCGUGUGAACAGAGAGGAGCCGCCUGCUCGGGCUUUGACGCAGCGAUGCCUUCAGAGAAAACCUUCAAACAAAGAAGGACGUACGAACAGAGAGUAGAAGAUGUGCGACUGAUCCGGGAGCAGCACCCCAACAAGAUCCCUGUGAUCAUCGAGAGGUACAAGGGAGAGAAGCAGCUUCCCAUCCUGGACAAGACCAAGUUCCUGGUGCCGGACCACGUCAACAUGAGCGAACUCAUCAAGAUCAUCAGGAGGCGCCUCCAGCUGAACUCGAACCAGGCGUUCUUCCUGCUGGUGAACGGCCACAGCAUGGUGUCCGUGUCGGCCGCCAUCGCCGAGGUGUACGAGCGGGAGCGGGACCAAGAUGGCUUCCUGUACAUGGUGUACGCCUCCCAGGAGACCUUCGGCUCCGGCGCCACCUCCCAGUGAACCGCCUCCCUCCUUCUUCCACCUGGCCGGCGAUUGGACAAUUGUAGUUUUUAGCCCCGCCCCCCCCCGUGUCUCUUACUUACACGUUCAUAGUCUCGAGUGUAAGAUUUAAAACACAGACGACUGAAUCUAACCACAGCGUCUGACCCGUUCUGGGCGUUAACCUCGGCAGCGUUUUGAGCCACGAGGGUCGAAACAGAGCAGGAGAGUUAAAGGAGACAUGUGACGCCGGUUCAGUUCCAAACAAAAGGUUUAUUCGUGAAUGUUAAAGUCCUGCAGAGUUAGAAAUCCUGAAGUCUGUGGUAAAGGAAGCUUCUCUCACACUGAAGCUCCUCAAACAUCUCGUCAGUCGUCCAGAUGAUGCACCCUGGGGAAUCGUGAUGUCACUGUAAUGGCCGACCUUUGCUUAAUACACGGCCAACGACUAGUCGGUCACUCCCCUCGGACUACGAGACAGCAAAGUCCUGUCGUGUGAACCCGGCUUUAAAGAGACAGGAGCUAGAACCAGGUGUUUGAGACAGAGGCUGAAGAGAGGAGCUGCAGCGAUGCUCAGUUUUAAGGAAAGUGAAACAUCGGAGCUUUUAAACCUUUUCAAAUCAAACUUAAGAACUUGAACACGAGCAGAAUCUGUUUCCUUUAAGUCGAGCAGCCCUCAAGUCCGACCUGGACUCGGCCGAUCGAGUCUUUCACCGUCUCUCUGCUUCUGUGUCGUCUCCUCUGGUGACUCGUAGUUAUCUUCAGUGUUAUGGUUAUGUGUGUGUGUGUGUGUGCACAUAUUUAUGUUAAUGCGCACACAGGGGGGGGCGUAGGUUUGAUUUUUUUAAAGUAGGGAUAUUAAAUGAAAUACAGAGGCCCCACCACUUGUCUACACACGCGUUAGCCAAUGAACAAAGCUGCAGGUGUUGGGAGUCGGGCGCCAGAGGAAGCUUUCUGGAUUCACGCUGUUUUUAACCAAGCUUUUUAUCGCGGUGUUUGGGAUUCGUAGUCUUGAUUAGAGAGAGCUUUUUAUUUUGCCAGGGAGAACCGCUCGUUCGUCGAAGCUUCCCCGACGUGUGUCUCGUCACAUUCCCUCCAUGGUUCCGUGUUUUUACCCCCCCCCGGCCUUGUAGCCCGAAGAAGCGAGUUCUCAACGGUAACAAGAAGGUUUGUUCGGAAGCUGCUUUACUCUUGAAACGGAUGAUUGUCGAUUGCAAAUUAUAAAAAAGGAUUUCCUUGGUGUACAGAUGAUCAUAUCUCUGGAUAUUAAACGGGUUCCGCUGCGAGUGUAACCAAGUUGAGUUUGGACCGACUACAAGGAGCAUGUUCUGAUUGCAUGUGUGAACAGAGGAUGAUGGUGUUUCUGUAAAUGCUGAUGAGGGGAGAAGGUUCACGUCACCUUAUUGUUUCUUCACGUAAUGGAAGAUGUGAUCUAUGAAAGGAGGAAGGUCCUGGAACCCGGGCAGGUUGACGAGCGUCCACUGUCUCUUUCUGUCCCUUUGACCCACAGGGGGGGGGGGGCAUGGUCGCUCUGGUCCUUCCACCUGCCCGCUUGGUUUCUAAGGGCUGCACCUUAAAAGCAAACAUUUUAAAUCUAUAGUCUAUAGUUUAUUUCCUUCAGUGGGUUUCUGUGCUGUUGUGCUUUUCCUCCUCCGCCAUCUUUUUUUUUUUUUUAAAGAAAUCUAAGAUUUAGCUGCUUUUAUAUCGCAGUAUUUUAUCGUUUUUCUUUCUUUUUUUUUAUUUAAUGUGAUUUUCAUGUCUUCGCUGUCUCCAGUUUGGUGGAGGUGACUUUUUCUUCCUGAUAAGUGAAGGUCGCCGCGUGUUUGUAACAGAGGGGCGGAGCCUGCGCCUCCGUUUCACACACGUCCACAAACAGCAAUAUCACACAGCCUACUAUUGUGUAUUUAUGUUGGUAUUUUGUAAACAAUAAAAGACAGGAAAAAAUGAAAAUU